CGAGACCCCCGAGAGCUGCAGCGCCGCCUCCUACGACAGCGACGGCUCCUACCCGGGCCCUGCCUCCAAAUUCGGCCUGCCCCCCGGCUACCCCGACGGCCCGGCCCACAGCUACGUGGCCGAACUCCUGGGUCCCCUCAACGGCGGCGGGGGGUCCUGCGAGCUGCCCCCCCCGCCGCCCCCUCCGCGACCCCGGGAGUACACCGAGCUGCGGGGGGCUCUGGGCCCGCCCCCGCCCCGCAUCAAGACGGAGCCGUCGGAAGAGCCCGCCUGUAUGAUGGGCGGCGGGGCCUGCCUGGGCCCCCCUGAGCAGAAGCCCCUUCGACGGCUGCACCCGACGGCGGGAGGGCCCGGCCUGCCCCCGGCCUUCGGCCAGCACGUGCGGACCGGGCCGCCCCCCGACGGGCUGGGCCCCGGGGACCGGCCGCCGCCCCCGGGCCUGCUGGCCGAGCUGCACGGCGGCCAGUCCUUCGGCCUGGGGGGGCCCUACCCCGGCCCGCCCCACUUCGGGGCCCCGCCGCCCCCGCCCCAGUUCCACGGCCACUUCAGCGUCUUCCGCGACGCGGGGCUCAAGGGGCCCCCUCCGCCGCCCCCGCCGCCCCCGGGCCUGCACGGCCUCAUGGUCACCCCGCCGCACUCGCCCGUCCUCGACUACUUUCCGGGGCUCGGGCCCCCUCCCCUCCCGCACCCCCACCUGGCCCUGCCCGGCCCCGACGACGGCACCAAGCCCAAGAGGGGUCGUCGAGCCUGGGCCCGCAAACGCACGGCCACGCACAACUGUGAAUACCCUGGGUGCGGCAAGACCUACACCAAGAGCUCCCACCUCAAGGCGCACAUGCGCACGCACACGGGUGAGAAGCCCUACCACUGCACCUGGGACGGCUGCGGCUGGAAGUUCGCCCGCUCCGACGAGCUGACCAGGCACUACCGAAAGCACACGGGCCACCGGCCUUUCCAGUGCCAACUGUGCGAGCGGGCCUUCUCCCGCUCCGACCACCUCGCCCUGCACAUGAAGAGGCACAUGUGAGAUGCCCUCUUGGGUGACCCCCCACAUUGCGGGGGCCGGACACUGACCGAGGCAGGCGCCCCGGGGCCGAACUGGACUUCUGGGGGGCUGGGGGAGGGAAGGGCCGGGGGCAGGCUUAGGCCGGAAGACUGCCGACCACCUCGCCCCCGGCCACCGGCCCGGGCGCACCGAGGCCUCGAUUUCCGAGCCUCCUGGUGUGGACUCUUCUCCGACAGGCCGCUGGGGCCGCAGGGUGCCAGGAGCACCGGGUACUGCCCCUGGCGGGGCGGCCGGCCUUCAGGGGGAGCGGGGG